UUUAUUCGACCGGAUGCUACGAGAGAACGAAGAGCAGAACCGAGCCGUGCGGCACAUCGUGGCCGGCACGUCCCGCCCUGCCCCGUACCUCAUCUUCGGGCCUCCGGGAACGGGCAAGACCAUGACAACCGUGGAGGCCAUCAAACAGGUCCACACUCUGAACCGCGAGAGCGUGAUCCUGGCCUGCGCGCCCUCCAACAGCGCAGCUGACCUGCUGGCUCAGCGCCUCAUCAAGCAGCCCCAGUUCAAGUCAUCCCUCUUCAGGAUGAACGCCGUUUCCCGUCGGUGGGACAUGCUACCUCAAGAUCUGAAGGAAGCCGAGUGCUCUAACUACGAUACCAGUGGUGAGGUUUACUUCCCAAGUAAAGAAGAGAUCAUGAAAAAGUACCGCAUCGUCGUCACCACACUAGUUACUGCUGGGAGGUAA